AAGUUGCAGACGACACAUGAAUCUCAGCAGACGCCAUAUUGCGACGCUUUGGAAUUUCGAUGUUCUGUUCGCAUCGUUCAGAACAUUAUUCCCGGUACUUUUUCAUCUUUUCUCGACACCAUGACUAAAUUAACAGCAUAGACUCGACCAAAUAACGGGUUACACGCCUCGUGACAUGAAUUUCCAGGAGGGAUGUUGAGUGCCUAUACUCAUGUCCAAUGUGGCCUUAUUUCGCAUGCCGCAUUCACUGCCACAGAGACCACGAAGAGAGAAUACGACCUAGAAUUAAGCAGAUGCAAAGACAUCGAAGUGGUUCACAGCGCCGGCGUUAACUCUCUGUCACUAGAUCCCGUUGAUGGACGAUAUUUAUUAUCAGGAGCCGCAGAUGGAAGUCUCUACAUUCAUGACCUCUUCAACACGUCCGGGAAAGUCCAACAUACAUGUAAAGCCAUUUGCAAAGUUGAAAGGAAAUCACGCUAUGCUCAUUCGUUCAGCGUCGGGACCGUGCAGUGGUACCCCUUUGACACUGGUCUCUUCACUUCAUCGGGUAUGGAUGGGAGGCUCAAGGUGUGGGACGCAAACGCGCUUCGUCCUGCGGAUGUCUUCCAACUCGGGGCGAAGGCUUACAGUCACCACAUGUCUCCCACGGCAACCCGUCAGUCCAUUGUGGCCGUUGGAACGACAAACCCCUGGGUCACGCUGGUCGACCUCCAGAGCGGGACAAUCUGCCAGCAACUCAGAGGUCACAGCGGACGUGUCUUAGCCGUACGAUGGAGCCCGUGCGCUCCGAACCUCCUCGCUUCGGGGUCGCAAGACAAUCAGGUCAUGUUGUGGGACGUACGGUGCGCUAAAGGCGCCUUGGCAAAGAUCGACGCGCACGGAGGGGCAGUCACGUCGCUCGCGUUUGAGCCGGGCGGAUUCGUGCUCCUCAGCCUCGGCACUGAUGAGCGCAUGCGAGCUUGGGACGUGGCAAAAGCUAAAGCGCUGCCGCUCAACUUUGGCCUGGUGCCCGUGGCACAACGCCCCCUUGAGGUGGCCGUGUCGAACAACCUGGCCCUGGUUCCGUCGGAAGGUGUGGUUCUCGUGCUCGACAUCCGUGCUGGCGAACCCGUUGGCUCCCUGCAGGGCCACUUCAACGAAGUCAACUGUGUCACCUUCUGUCCGUUGACGCUGACCGCGUACAGUGGUGCUAACGACCGCAGCGUCCUCUGUUGGACGUCUUCUCCCGAACUUGAACGCGCAUACUGUGCAGAAACGGAAGCCAGCAAGCGUUUGGCCGAUGCCUGGAGCAGCGACGAAGGUGCCUAAAGCAGGAACCUACUGAUAUGGAAAAAGAACAUAUGUACGCAAAGCAAUUGUAAAUAUUUUGUAAUAAAAAUCUGUGUUCUCUGCGGCAAAAA